GGACGGGUGAUGGCCGCGGCGGCAGGACUUGGGGGUUGUUGAGUUCCUCGAUCCGAUUCUCCCCCCCCCCCCCGCCAUAUCCAGUGCCAACUAUGAUGAAUCCCAACGAAGGCGCGGCGCCGCAGGAGAAAUAUAAGCUGGUGGUGGUCGGGGGAGGCGGCGUGGGCAAGAGCGCCUUAACCAUUCAGUUCAUCCAGUCGUAUUUUGUCUCUGACUAUGACCCCACCAUCGAGGACUCGUACACCAAAAUCUGCAACAUUGAUGGCACCCCAACCCGGCUGGACAUUCUGGACACUGCUGGGCAGGAGGAGUUUGGGGCCAUGCGAGAGCAGUAUAUGCGUACAGGGGAAGGUUUUCUCCUCGUCUACGCCAUCAACGACCGUGGCAGUUUCAACGAGAUCAACAAGUUCCACACCCAGAUACUUCGAGUGAAAGACCGCGAUGAAUUUCCCAUGAUCCUCGUGGGCAAUAAGGCUGACCUGGACCUUUAUCGGCAGGUGCCCGAGGAGGAGGCCCUCAGCUUUGCCCGGGAGAACCGAAUACCAUACAUGGAAGCCUCUGCCAAAAUUCGCCUCAAUGUGGAUGAUUCUUUCUACGAGCUGGUCAGGGCCAUCAGGAGGUUUCAUGAGCUGGAGUCUCCCCCUGCUCCAGCUGUUACCCCAAAGAAGAAAGCAAGCAGAGGCUGCCCUUGUUCCAUUCUGUAAACUGCCGCCCCACACAAAGCUACAGAUCCUGGAAGGGGAAGAAAGGCGGUCCAGGUUCCCUACCAACCAGAGGAUACAGCAGGAUUUUCCCCCCUGGCUCCACUUCCCCCACUGCAACAAGGGCUGGCAAUGUGUACUCUGCACUUGUGUCCAAAUACUACUUACUUCUCUACUCUCACCAAGGACCCUACAAACUGGAACGAGGUGCAGGAAGCAGAUCAACCGUAUUUCCCUUUCAGCGCCUGCUUCACCUAGAGGUUACACAUAUUGAGAAGGGUGUUGUGGGGGGAUCCAAGCCUGCGUAUCCUACUCGCCCACCUCUCUCUCCAGAAUUCUUCCAAGGGAAUUGUCGGUUUGCCUUCUUUGCCAAGAGGGAGAAGGCAGGGAGGUUUAAGAAAUGUGGGUUCAUGGAUAUCCAUUUGGAACAGACAGGCAGGUACGGGAUUGUUCUAUAUUGUGCUAGGGAGUGGAAAGCCACAGCAGGAGGGUCACAACACUUCACUGCAGCUAGAGCCAGCGUGCUUCUCCACCUACACAGAUAACACAAGUUUGUUCAAACACAUAUUGUACGAAUACAUUUAGAGGGGUGUUUUUAAGCUUUUUUAAAAAAUAAUAAAUCACAGCCAUAUUUAUGCAAGCAGCAAGGGAAGGAGAAGCAGGCUCAGAGUUGCGUCUUCUUCCCAGGCCCUGGCUGACAUCGUCCAUUUUCUCUGGAAAGGGGAGGAUUUAAAAAUAAGCACAACUUUUCCAUGCAAGUCAAUAAUAUCGGGGUGUGUAAUAGCAGCCAGGUUGUCUGGACGACUAAUUCCUCUAUUUUGGGUAGAGGAAGUAAGGGAAGCAACAGUAUUAUUUUUGGUGAAGCGAACAAAAGUUAAAAGAGGCUGGAGCUAAAACUGGCCCUACCUCCUGAUUCUGUUGAGAAAAGACUAGGCAAUAGAAGUUGAAAACUUAAGUGUUUUAACUAUUGGAUCCAAAUACCAAUGCCAGUCACCAUAGCUCAUAGGUAGGGCAACAUGGUACCCACCAGAUGUUUUUGGCUGUUUAUGGGACUCUGUAAUCUAAAACUUCUGGAAAGCCCCAGGUUGCCUACUACCCUUUCAUUUUUAAAAAGUUGCUCUGUCCAAGAAUCACAUGGUUUGAUUUCGCUUUGCAUAAUACAAAAAGAUGUAUCCAGCUUUUCCUUUUCUUUCUUUCUUUCCUUUUCUGAUGCACUUGUUGAGUGGUAAGCUAAGCUGAAACAGCCAUUUGCCAUAGUUUUGUUAGCAACACUUUUGUGGCCAGUGCAUUUAUCACAUUAUUUCCCAGCAAUAACCUCAGACACAACCAUGUUUAAAAUCUUAGAGCUCUUCUUGCAUGCAUUUGUAUGGAGUGAUCUUGAUCAAUGAUCCUCACAAUCAUCAUUCAAAAAUUUCCUGCUGUUUUGGCAGUCCCACCAUCUUAGUAAGCUACCUAUCUACCAAUUCAUCCAGUAUUUUCUGUUCUCCAGCUCCUGCUACCUAUAGAAGAAAUGGAUGUAUAAGACAUCCAUGUUCUGUUUUUCAGAAAUAAAGGUGUGUGUGUGUUUGUGAAUGAGGCCUCUCCUGCUAAUAGCCUUUCUAUUAUGCUGCAGAGCAUUCCAGCCUAUAAAUACCAAAGAGUUACCACUUAAUCAAAAAAAAAACUAUCUUGGGGCACCUUAAAUGCAAACUUACUGUGGCAUAAGCCAUCAGAGCCCACUGUGCCAAUUGCAUGAAGUAUUCUCAGCUGGCAGGGAUAAUCUAUACAGACACAGAUAAACAAUUUUUUUUUGUAAACGGGGGCCAAAAGGCCAUGAAAUGCAAGGGUAGUUAGUAGUGGGCUGGAAGUUUGUCACUUAUCCCAAAGUAAUUUUAAUAAAAGGAAACUACUUCCAAAUCAGUGUGUAACUGUAUUCAUCAUGACAAAAUGGAAUGGCUAAGAACAAGUAGCACUGGAUGGGGCUGUUGAGCUAUGAAGUGUGGUGUCAAUCUGUAAUAAGAGGUGGGUUAACCAUCUCAGGAAUUAGAUCAGGAUGCAACUAUUAGGAUGCAGUCCUAGACACAGCCGAGAGUAAACCCUACUGAACUAAGGGAGGGGGUAUAGCUCAGUUGGUAGAGCACCUGCUUUGGAUGCAGAAGGUCCUAAGUUUGAUCCCUGACAUCUCCAGACAGGAUUGG